UUCCUUACUACAAGUCACAAAAGUUGAGCUAUCUACCAACUCAAAAAGCCAUGAAAUACAAUGAGAUAUCCCACUUCAGCCACCCCCAACACAAGCUCAAGUUUGAGUACACAGAAAUUCCAUUCAAGUGCGAUGGCUGCAAGGAAGUAGGCAUAGGCUCGCGCUACAAGUGCGCCACAUGCGACUUCGAUCUUCACAUGCACUGCGCCAUACCCACUCCUUCCAUCUUCCACCCUUUCUACACCAAGUGCUCCUUCCAGUUCCUCUCCCGAGCACCCGGGGACUCCCCGCGCUAUUGCAAUGCCUGCGAGAAGGACAUAACCGGGUUCGUGUACCAUUGCAGGUCCUGCGGGUUCGACCUCCACCCAUGCUGUGCGAAGCUCCCCAUGGUGCUGGACGAUGGGGAGGUCAAGCUCUACCUGUAUCGGAAAGUGAGCAGCUCCUGCCAUAGGUGCGGGCGCAAAGGGCGGAGCUGGAGUUAUAGGUCGAAAUGCAAGAAGUACAAUUUGCAUGUGGCAUGUGUGAAGGAAAUGCUUGUGGAGAAUUGGCAUGAGUUUUUGGGGUCACAUGGGAAGAGUAGUACUAGUAGGAGAUUGGAGAUGACUAGAAUUCCUACCCUCAGGAAUAUGCUUCAGAGCCACCACCAUAAGAGCAGAGGUAAAGUGAAGAAGUGUUGUGAGAUGGCUGGGUUGGCCGUGCAGUUUGUGAUAUCGGCGGUGUUGGGUGAUCCAACGACAUUGAUUGCUGGGGUUAUUGGGUCAUUGAUGUCACGAGGGUGAUGUGACGUUGUGGGUAUGACCGUAUGAGGCAUUUGGGGGUAGUAGUGGUACUUUAGUGGAUGAAAUUGUAGAUGUUAGAAGAUGGAUAGGAGUUAAAGGCACUCCAUGAUCCUGUAAUACUUGUUAAUAAAUUAUUUAAU